GCAUAUGGAGUAAACUCUUUUGUUCCCGGUCCCCUCGAUCGGUCGUUCUUCUUCACUGAUGAUUUUCUUCCUUCUUCAAUCCAUUACUUGGGUACGGUAUAGGAUAGGGUUCGAGGAGAAACCUCGGUGCACAUUGGUAUUAUCAUGAGAACAGUGUAAAAAGGUUGUCCGCUUUAACUUCUUCUCCAAUCUGACCCUUUGUCUAUCUUUUUAUUUUUAUUCUCUCUCUUCUUUUUUCUCACGCCCUUGUCCUUCCUUUUCCAAUUUUCCUCUCAUUGAUCUGUGUCCUGGGCUCUAGCUUCUUCCACCAAGAUAUACCCUAGUACAUAUUGAUUUACCGAGAGCGCCUGACUAGACUCGAUUACCGGAGAGUAUUGCUACGAUUUGGAAUUGAGCAGUAUUCAGGUAAUUUGCUCGUCCCAGAAUGGUCGCCCUAAAGCGAUUUUUCCAAGCGGAGAGAAGCUCGUCCAUAAGUUCUAAGGAUGGAGCUACUCGGGCAAGCAACACACCAGAAAGCGAUCUGUCUUCAAACCUGAGGACCUCGCAUUUUAUAGAACCAGACCAUCCGUUUCAGCGAAUCGAGAAGCAGUUUGAAGUCUUGCAUGAUCAACUGCAGGCACGGCCGUUGUCCCCACGUUCACCAGCUCCUCCGUCUCGGGCCUCGAGUCGAACCACGACUCGAGAUCCUCGGCACGUCGACUUGCUGGAUGCUUUAUUUUCUUCUCACCGAUACCAUAUCCAGAGUGCGCAGACGUUGUCACCCAUUAGCCCAUACAAUGAAGAUAUCGCAGAACGAAAUAUGACUCGAUUCCUUCAAGGGCAGUCGGGCAAACCAACCGUGUACUCGCGCAUACUCUCUGCUUUAUAUCAGGAAGAUGUGGCGGACAGAAACAUAGCAAGAAACAAGAGGGGCGGCCGUCCAUCUUCUCGCAAUACUGCCAGUCGCUCUCGUGGAAACUCCUUUCAACGGAGUAGCCAGAGUCACCAAGAUGAAGCUCGUUGCCGCCCUCGGUCAAAGGCUGGAAGUAGUUUGGCUCGGUCAAUGUCUCAGGAAGCCCCGCGAUCUACCACCCCUCCUCACGCUGACCAGUCAACCACUCCACGGCCAAAUGUGUCUCCUGCCACCGAAGGCCCUCUCCGACAGCAAAGAUCAGUGCCGAAUCUUUCCGCCGAGAUAACUAAUAGUCCCCAGAGGGAAACUGAUUCGAGAUCUGGUGGAUUCCUCGGUGUUCCCCCCCCUUACAAACAAGGCGACACAUGGAGCAGUACUCCAUUACCGGACAGUCCAACGUUGCCCCCCAUGGUGACUAGGGAUACUGAGACCAGCGAAAGCCAUCCAACGCCAGAUCUACCACCUUCCAGAUCAAGCCGGAGCCGCAGUUCUUCUGUGACGUCGGGUAGUCACAAUCCGUCAAACGCAAUCAAAUCGAAGCCCAAAAAGAAUGUCCGGGAUCUUUCAAUUAAUACAGAAUUAGCAGCUCGCGGAAAGCCGUCUACGAAGAUUACGCACCGCGCCAUACAGCCACCUACUCCAAGUAGCUUGGCAAUGAAGCAGAACCCCAGCAUUGCGGAAGUUAUGAACAGCCCGCUACCAGCUGGGUCACCAACCUCCCCAUCACCAGGGCUUCAAUCGGAUCAGAAAAUCGCGGAAAUAAUGGAUAUGUUCAGACAGGCAUAUACUUCGUCGCCCGCUAUCUCACCCCAUCCCACUUAUGAAACUCUCCAGGAUGCGAUCAUUCGCGAAAUAAAUUCCCACGAGGCAUUCCAACGUGUGCCGCUUCCUGAAUCCGGGCCUCCGUUCACUCCUUCUUUCUCCCAGGAAACAUUCUAUCCAGAAAUCGACGUACCAACGACCGAGGGUCCAAGCACGAACCGGACCAUGUCUCUGAGAGAGGGCCAGAUCUCCAAAUUGAUCAGGCGGGGCUCCUUCAAGAAGCACAGGAGAGGUUCUGACGCGCGCAGGAGCAUAUCCACCACCAGUGUCCCUUCGAAAGUCUUCUGGAAGUCAUCGGAAACCACCAGUCGGCGAAGGCACACUGACGCACCCCCUCCGUCACCUGGCUUCUUCAAUACCCUGGAACAGAACCACCAAGCAUCCAAGGAGUCAGUGGCAUACAUGGAUCUCCUCUCCAAGGCGAGGAAGUCCUCUGCAAAUGUUCCUUUAGGGAAAACACCAGAUGUGGCUAGGAGCAUCAGUAAUCCCCAGCCACCGGCUACUGCGUCUCUCGAGAGCGCCAACCCAGCACCUUCCGUUUUCCACAUGCGUGCACAGGCAUCAACAUCGUCUAUCAACAGUCGCAUCAGUUUCUCAGCGGAAGACAGUGACGAAGAGGUGAUCGAACUACCCAGUGUUGGCAUUCCCAAGUUACAAAUCCAUGGUAUUGACGAGAACAAUGUGACCUAUAUCGCCGAAAACACCUCUCCCCGAAAUGCAUUCAAACUCAUGAGCUGGCCACAGAGGUCAGGCAGGAGUGUGAGCCUCCGGGGAAACUGGUUCACAAAUGAGAGCAGCAACAGCCCCUCUCGUUCAUCCUCCAGGGGCGGCCUCACAACCCGCUCAGUAGCAUCUUGCUGAAUCUUUCCAUGAUAUGGCCAGAGUUCGUCUAGCAUCCCGGUCUUUAACGGAAUCCACUCAUAUACCCCUCCUAUCCUAUCUUACUCUACCCUUCCGUUCCUUACUUCAACGCUUCCUUGACGAUACUCUAUCGCAUGAUGUUGAGCUACAUUUCGUUUACGUUCCUUCGACUCUACAAAUCCUGCAAAUACCUUCCUUGAUUUUGAUUUUCUUGUCCAGUUUAUACUCGCAAGCGCAUCUAUUCCCUCGUCGGGCUUUCUUUUUUUGUUGGUCUAUAUAUCCAAUGAGGAUCUAUGUCCUCUUGCAUUGCAUACUUGGCAUCUAUCUGAACAUUUCCUACUGUUUCCCGCAUAUGUUGCAUAUUAGCGUUGCUAGCAUACCAUGUCUACAUAUCCAACCAAUUACAAUAA